AUAUCCAUUAUUGUUCUAUGCCAUUAUAGGACUUAGGAGUGUAUUUGUGUAACAGGUUGUAGACUAUGGUGUGCUGGUAUGAUCGCAGUGUACUUGGUGUGGACGGUGUACAAUUAAUAUUUAAUAGUGUAGUAUAGUGUAGAAUCAAUAAAUGGCUAGGAGACAGAAUGUUAAAAAGAAAAUUGAAUACGACCGACGUCUAAAGGAAUUGAAACAAAAGUUGAAACCGUACCGAAACAGCCAGACUGUUAACCUACUCCGGGUUAUCACCGGGUCAUCCGGUGUAUACUUAAACAAGUACUUUGAGACCCUAGAAAGUGUCUUGACAGGAGGCUACAGUCAUCGUGAUGUAAUAGGUAGAAUCCAAACAGUAGUAAAUAAGAUUCUUGAGAAUGGAGAGUAUUCACGUAAAAAGCCACAUCUCGACUGUAAUGUAGACAUUCUUGACAAAAAUUUAACACAAAACGUCUUGAAACCAAGUGUGUUUACUAACGACAGACAUCCUAAAAUCGAUUCAAAAGCCAGUGUGUUUAACAAUGUGAGACACAGUGACACCAACUCAAAAGCCAGUAUGUUUGACAAUGUGAGACACAGUGACAUCAACUUGAAAGGUAAUGUGUUUGGCAAUGUGAAACACAGUGACAUCAACUCAAAAGCCAGUAUGUUUGACAAUGUGAGACACAGUGACAUCAACUUAAAAGGUAAUAUGUUUGGCGAUGUGAAACAAGGUAACAUUGACCAAAAUUUAAACUUCAUCAACAGAAUUAAUCACUUACACAUCAACAGUUGUAAUGAAACAUGCUAUAGGAUAAAGAAAGACAUUAUUUAAUAUAUACUUAGAAAUAUUUGUAUACACGGCUAAAGUAUGCUGGUAAUGUAUAGUUUAUUAUUUAUAAUUGACUUGAAAUUGUUUCUUAAAACCCAAAUAUUUAUUACUAAAUUAAUCAAUGUUCUACUACUGCUAUAACAGUCGAACAGGGACAAAUGGACGCGGCCAUUUAGGCCCAAGUACAUUUGGAUGCAAGAACAAAAUAUAGUUAUUCAAUUCUUUUACUUUUACAUACACCUAUUACAAUAACAAUAAAACAAUAAAAAUUAUAGUUUUAUCGCGAUAUUAGGGAUUAUCCGACGUUACCAGAAAUGCCGUAGAUAACCUUUAUUAUCCAAUAUUUGGAGUAUGUAUAAGUAUAAUAGAGUUUUGAAUGGUAUAUAUAGAACCAACAAUCUCUCUGAAGCUACCAAUAUAAGACUAAACAUGGAGAUGGGUGUUAAUCAUCCAAGUUUGUGGUCUUCUAUAACUUGUCUUAAAAAAGUACAAGCAGGUAGACUUUAAUAAAGUCAAUUAGAAGCAAGAAAUAGUCCCCCUCAAAAAUUAAAAAAUAUAUUGAUUUUGAUGAAAAGACUUUAAAAGUAGUUACAAAUUUUGAACAAUGUGGAUUUUUGAGAGGCAUAGCCCAAAAUAUUUCUGUACAAUAACUAUUACAUUUUUAAUUAUUAUAAUAUUCUGUAGCUAUGUGUCUUAUUUAUGCAUGUGUGUAAUGUAACUGUUAAAUUGUUAAUUAUUAUAUUUUUUAGCUAUGUUUUUAAUUUAUGUAAAUAUUUGAAUAAAAUGUAUGCUUAUAAUCUAGAAUAAUUAUAAUUUUGUAUUCACGCCUAAACGGCUGUGUCUUGACUUUGCUUCCAUUUGAUGUAGAUCUUAUAACAGUAGUUAUUACUUUUUAUGUACAUAUGAUAAUAAUAUUAUAAUACUCCUUUGCAGUAGAA